CGACCAGGUCGUCUCCGUCCUUCGUUUUGCAUUGCACGUUUCUUUCAUCAUCAUCUCCUUCUUCUUCUCCGUCGUCUUCGUCUCCCGAUUUUCUCUCUCUCUCUCUCAGAAAGGAAAAUCUGAAAAUUUCUUUCUCGCUCUUACGUUUUCUCUCGUCGUGGCCUCUCACUAAUGUAACGUUGCGGUUUCGCAAAAAAAAAAAAAAAAAUCAGAAUGUUUUAAAUGACACUCUUCCUUUCUCCGAUCGGGCCUUCCUCCGUUUCCUCGAGCGUUGGCACAAUUCUCAGCAAUCUGAAGAGCAUGAACUCCAUGGUUGCUGACUACUGAUCCUUGUGACAGAAGAAACAUUCUUGGAUUUUGUCUAAACACUCAAUUCCAAGGGCAAGAAACUCAACACAUCAAAGAAUCUGAAGUCUGAGUUGUCCAAUGCUUAAUCUGUCUAGAACCAGAAGUCCAGGAAGAAACACAAGACCCUUGUCUCUCGGAGGAAUGGAUUACAUGGAGCCGAAGAGGAAGAACAAUUUGGUGGGAAAGAUUAUAUUGGUUGCUUCCCUUACAGCUUUAUGCAUCAUCAUGCUCAAGCGAGCUCCCAGUUUUAGUACCCCAAAAGCGUUCUCUCACCAUGAGCCGGGGGUGACUCAUGUUUUAGUUACUGGUGGGGCUGGAUACAUUGGAUCACAUGCCGCUUUGAGGCUUCUGAAGGAUUCAUAUAGAGUAACUAUAGUGGACAAUCUUUCUCGAGGGAAUAUUGGUGCUGUCAAGGUUUUACAGGGAUUGUUUCCUGAAACUGGGAGGCUUCAGUUUAUUUACGCAGACUUAGGAGAUGCUAAAGCUGUUGACAAGAUCUUUUCAGAAAACGCGUUUGAUGCCGUGAUUCAUUUUGCUGCUGUUGCAUAUGUUGGGGAAAGCACUCUUGAUCCUCUAAAAUAUUACCACAAUAUUACAUCGAACACAUUGGUCGUGCUUGAAGCUAUGGCCCGGCAUAAGGUGAAGAAGUUGAUAUAUUCUAGCACAUGUGCCACAUAUGGGGAGCCUGACAAGAUGCCAAUUACUGAAGACACUCCACAGGUCCCGAUUAAUCCUUACGGGAAAGCUAAGAAGAUGUCUGAAGAUAUAAUCCUGGAUUUCUCCAAGAACUCAGACAUGGCAGUUAUGAUCCUAAGAUACUUUAACGUGAUCGGUUCAGACCCAGAAGGUAGAUUAGGGGAAGCUCCAAGGCCUGAGCUCCGAGAGCAUGGACGGAUCUCUGGUGCAUGCUUUGACGCAGCUCGUGGCGUGAUUCCUGGCCUUCAGGUCAAAGGAACAGACUACAAGACAGCAGACGGAACCUGCAUUCGGGACUACAUAGACGUGACAGAUCUCGUGGACGCUCACGUGAAAGCUCUCGAGAAAGCACGGCCCAGCAAAGUUGCCAUCUACAAUGUCGGCACCGGACAAGGAAGAUCAGUGAAGGAGUUCGUGGAGGCAUGCAAGAAGGCGACAGGAGCCGAGAUCAAAGUGGAGUUCUUGCCGAGAAGACCCGGAGAUUACGCAGAAGUCUACAGUGAUCCAUCGAAGAUUCUGAGAGAUCUAAACUGGACAGCGAGAUUCACUAAUCUUCAGGACAGUCUCGCGGUUGCUUGGAAGUGGCAAAAGACUCAUCCUCAUGGAUACAGUUCGUACUGAACCAAGAUUCCAUAUUCUGAUUUUGGUUGUUUAAUUUCUUUUUUCUGCACAACAUUGGUGGAUUUUAGUUGAUAUAGAGGGGAUAUAUAUAUACAUUGCUUAUAUAUGUAUUGGUACACUUUACAGUUGAAAUAAUUAUAUGCUUAGCCUUGAUUGCAGGCUUUAGCCUC